GGAGGGAGGACCAGCAGAGAGAGAAAGAGGGAGCGCUUAAAAAAGAGCAAUAGACAGAUGGAGGGAAAGAGAGUGGAGACGGAGAUAGAUGCACAUUGCUAGCAAAAACAGUCUACAGAGAAAUAAAAGGGAAAAGGUAAUAUUUAUUUAUUUAUUCUCAUUAGAGUUGUAUUUCAUUCAUCUGAGCUUGAGGUUACAAAGAGAGAGCGUGUGAGUGUAGACCGAGACGUCGAGACGAAGGUAAAGACACACUGCAGUGGAGCUGGAAUAUGGAUGCACAGUCUGAGAGCUGUGAACCACCGCCAUGUGACCCUCAGCCUCCAGGUAAAAUCAGAAAAGCCUUCAAACUGUUCAGCAAGCGGAAACCUGGGAGCAGUGUUGCUAGCAUCUUCUCCAUACGUGGGAAAGGAGAUGGCCCUAAAUCACCGCCAUCAAGGAGCAAAACCCUGGAUGUAUUAAAUGAGCCUACUGCCCCAGAAGCAGAGGCAGAGCAGGUGGAUCUUGACCAGGAGGAUGAGAGUCAACAGGAUGAUGCUCCAAUGGAGGAGUUCACAGGUAGGAACAUGAAUUCAGAAACUACUCCUACGAGGCAGUCCAUCUCUUCCCUCACCUCUGCUAAGUCUCUGAGCUUCCUAAAUAUGCUUCGCAAAGGCAGACGGGGACUGACGGGAGAACGGCAAGCUCAGACUGAGUCUCAGAGGCCCGGGCGGCAACGGAAGGGCCUGAAGGGAUUGUUUGGUACAGUGCGCUGGCGUGGUAAGGAGAAAGAGGAUGAUGAGGAGGCUGAACCUGGCCCUCCCCUUCUAGCUUCCCGCUCCAACAGUGUUGAGAUUAUAAAGGAGAGUCUCACGCUGACACCCGGGCCUCCACCUCGCUCUGUGGAGGGAACAGAGGAAAAGCCUACACCGCAGGAGGGCCCUACUUCAUCUGAAGUUUCUGCAAAGGUGAGCGGGGCAAGCAAACCUCCAGCAAAUGAACGCUUGAGCACACUGCUCGGAGAUAUCUCAUCAAUUUUAAGCUUUGAUUCACUGACAGCAUGUGGAGAUAUUGUAGCAGACGUAGAGGCAGAAUGGGUCAAAGCUAGCAGUCGAAUGGAGGGAGCACCUAGCACACUGAAAGUGGAUAAUUCAGAGAAGACUUCAUCUUCUACGACUUCUACCAGAUCAAAGCCUAGCCCUUCGCCUACUUCUACUCUCAGCCCAACCACCUCCUCCAAACCUUCCCCUACUUUAGCAACCAAACCCACCCCGUCGCCUACCACCACCAAACCUAUUCCCAGCCCUUUGACAAAACAUGCAGUUACCUCAACACCCUCUCCGGUGACCAAAAUGUCACCAUCUACGCCUACUGGCCCUAUUAUCCUUUCCCCGACAUCCAGCCCUCUCUCCAAACCCACCCCUAUGCCAUCAGCUAUGCCUAUAACCCAGCCUACCCCAACACCAACACCUAUCCAAACACCUCAAGCCAUGGCAACUGCAACAACUACUCCAGUUACCCCAACCCCUACAUCAGCCACCAUUACACAGCCUGCCCUAAGCCCUAUAUCAAGCCCCACAACCAAAUCUACCACUUCCCCAGCUAAACCUGCCCUGUCCCCUAAAUCCAGCCCUGAAAUCAAGCCAGACACAAUAGCUAGCUCCACAGCUGCCCCAAUGAUCAAACCUAUCCCAAGCUUUACACCCAUUCCUCUGUCGAUCUCAACCCCUCCAUCUGAAACCUCACCCUCACCCACAAUUAGUUCUACCACUGAACCUGCUGAAGUUCCUAAAACUGAACCUGCCCCAACCAUUGUACCUAAACCUACCCAAGCCCCAACUCCUGCAACAAAACCCACUCCGAGCAUUACCAAUGAAUCCAAACAUACUACGUCUACCUCUGCGACCAAAUACACCCCUUAUCCACCACCUUUUGGAAAAUCUACCCCAGCCCCUGCACCAACACCAAGACCAAAACUUGUAACAACGUUUGGAUUAUCGACAAGCCGAAACACUGCUCCUAUUGCCAAGCUUGAGACAAAACAACCCACAGGACAAACUUCAAAAUCUAGUACCCAAUCUGGCACAGCAUCUUCAAGGAAAGCCUCCAUCUCUGAACUGACUGCUCCUGUUGCUAAACCCCCUGUUCUUACCUCUUCCUCUGCCACCGCAAAAUCACCCACAGUUACUUCUGCACCACAAGUUCCUGUCCUGAAGUCUCCAUCUGGUAUUACUCCAUCCUUCAUUUCUUCAAAAAGAUCAAAUGAUGAUGCCAGGAUAGAUUUAAGGGAGGACCUGGUAAGACAUGAAGGAACUGACAAUAGAGACUCAUUGGCUACUCAAAGCAUCAGCAAGGCAGUGAAAAGGGGCCCUGCAACGAAGCCUGCAACUCUGAGUAAGAUCCCUAUUAGUGGUGGAGGCAGACCUCCUAAGCUGCAUCAUCGUGAUUCCCAGCCCAAUGGAGAUGAGGACCACUCCAAUCUACCAACACCAGUACAUGAAGAGGAGAGCCCAUUCACUCUCUCACGGGAAAGCAGCAGCAAGGAGGCCCUCAGUGAUGUCUCCACAGGAUCAGGGGCUAUCACCCCAAGCCAAGAAGACAUUUUUGAUGGAAAACUUGGUCUCCAGACAUCAGCACGUCCUGCAGCUGGUGCCACAAGCUUAAACCGGGAGUCCAAGAUCCCAAUCAAACAUGGAUCUACUGCAACCUACCAUUCUGUACAGGGGAGGGCAGAAGCCACACGUUCCAAGAUACCGGUGUCCAAAAUGCCCAUUCGUCGGACCAGCAAUAAGCCUGCACCAACAGCUACAGCUGCCGUCACCCGAAAAUAAUUGAUAUACUAAUUCUGUCUAUGGCAAAAUCCUGAAACAUUCCACUGGCAACAGUUUUCUCAAGAUUUACUUUUUGAUAUUCGAUCAGGCAUCACUGCGCCUGGUUUACGCCUUUUUUGCAGCACAAGAACAACUAUAUUGUUACCGUUAUUUGAACUAAUUUACACACUGGUGUCAAUCACACAAUUCUUUUAUCAGCUGGGUGUUUUUAUUCACAUCACUCUUGAACACACUGAUACUGUGGAUUCAACUCUGUGUGCGACCAGGAACAGACAGCACAUGCACAGGCCCUGUCUAAGUGAUCCCUAUGGCAACCAAACAUGCAAAUUAAAUGGCAGGCACUAAAGCACAAGAGCCCUCACCUGGAAUCCAAAGCCAUGUAGACCUUCUCUGAAGAAACAAGCAAUGUAUCCGGCCAUUAUCUCUGGCAUCGUAAUAGUCCAUAAUGGUCUUUUGUGGUAAUUAAAAGCCUCAGAGAAGAAACAAUCAAUUCAACACUGAGUCUUAUGGUUUUCAUCCAGGUUUACAACACCAGAGGAGCCCAGUAUCAUCACAAAGGUGCUUUUUUCUUAUCAUCCUGCCUGCCACACAGGAAUAAAAAAAUGUUUUGUUACAGAGCAAUGGAGGGAUCUUUGUAGCCUUUGUUACUUGGCCUUCUUUUUUAGAAUUUUUUGUCUGGUGUCUUUUUCCAGUUUUUUUUUUUUUUUCAUUUUCAAGUGAACUUUGUGGAUCAAUGUUAGUCUUCUUGGAGCUCCCUUGUAUAGUAUGCAAACAAACAGAAUCUCCUACCUGUACAGUUUAUGCCAAGACAGGAUAUUCCACAGAAUCUUUUGAAUGUAUGUAGCAGAACGCAUGCCCUACUUUUUCAACAAGAUAAGCCAUCUCACUCCUUUUCCUCUCCCAACCGAUGUCCUUUUCUCACUGUUUUUUUUUAAACACUGUGUUAAGUCACACAGUGCCUGUCAGCUGUAACAAAUGUAUGUAACAUGUCAUCAAAGAACAAUGAGGCAUAUGGAUCUAACUCCGUGGAUUUUUUUCUGCCUGCACUGAACAUUGUGUAAGACUGCAUUAAAGAAGGCUAUGGACAGUAGAGGUGAUGUUUCACAGGCAGUUGGUAUUAUAGGUAAGCUAAGACUUUCAUGGAUGACAGUGAUGUUAUGUUUAUCUUUUUUGUUUUUUGAAGUUGCCAUCACAUGCACAUAUUUAACAGAGGACUAUUUUUUGUGUGUAUGACUGUGUGUAUGUGAAUGAGUGGGUGUGAUUAUCUUAAUGUCACAAUGUUUCCUAUUUAAUCAAUAAAAUGUGAUUAUACCUAGAA